AUGACCCUUUCCUGCCUCUUUUAUGCCUUUGUAUGCAUUUCCAUCGCAUUUUUGACCUGCUUCAUUAUCAUCUUCUCCUUCGGCAUCGUGGAGAGGAAUAUUGAUGUGAAAGGGAGAGCCAUUGUAAUUCUCGUGUCCAACAGCUCCAUUGGGAGGAUGUUUGCAAGGAACCUGGAUAAAGCAGGUUUCAGGGUGUCCACUGCACACUGGCCUCCUCAAGAGGAGGGGAUCGCUACGGAAGAAGAGCGCUCUUCAAGCAUGGAGGUAGCCCAGCUCCACAUGACUGAAGAUGAGUAUCAGAAGACAAUGAAAACCUUCAUAGAAAGCCACUUAUCCCUGAAAGGCAUGUAUGGGCUGAUGAAGAAGCCAUCAGUCCUGAUAUGGGAAGAAGUGGAACCAGACACACACAGGUUACCUGAGAAAAAAACCUCUGAUAAACGGAAGAAAGUUUUCAAGGCUCCAGGACGUAUUGUUUUCAUGUCCAGCAUUAUUGCCUAUUUUGCUCUGGGAAAUGGCAUUUAUUCUAUGACCAAGGCAGCUAUUGAAAAAUUUUGUGAUGCUCUAAGACUGGAAAUGAAGAAGUUUGGUGUCCGGGUCUGUAUUAUUCAGCCAGGAAAUUAUGCACCCUCUACCAAAAUUCAGCCACCAGUUAGUGCCGAACAGAUUUGGAAUGAACUCAGUGAAGAGGAAAAGUCAGUUUACAGUAAGGAGUAUGUUCAAGAGCGGGCAAACUUUUUCAACAACAUACUCAGCGAAGGAAGCACUAAUAGCAAUGAAGUUGUAGAUGCUAUGGUAGAUGCUUUAAUGUCUCCUGCACCCAAGGCGCGUUACAUGGUAGCAAAGCUGAAGGAGAAAGCACUGGUGUUUGUGUGUGCUUUAUUCCCGACCGUUGUGAUGGAUUCAGUUUUGUCCUAUGGUCUGAGUAAAGUAAAACUUGCAUAG